UCUUGUCUUUUUGUCGAGUCUCCUCUCCCAUUUUGGUGGCAGCUUUCGUUUGGAAAAGUUUUCUUCUUGGGAGGGUCACUUGCCGCCCCGCCCCCUUGGAUAUGGUCAUGUUCAUUGAGUUGAGGCAGUUUUUGGGUCUGUUUGUGGAGAAUUGGUUGUUUUGAAGAGUUUCUUGUAGUCCUAGAGCUUUCGGGUAGCCGAUUGUUCCUCGGUGGUGGUGUUUCGGGAUGCAUCAGUUGGAAUGUUCAGUCUUUGAGGGUUUUCUGCCAUAGACCUGCUUGCUGGAGGCUUUUCGCCUUGCACCCAGGUGGUAUCUGUUGCUGAGGGAUGUGAUUUUGGAGGAUUUGUGCACAUUUGUGGUUUGUUGAUAUCACCUACAGGCACAACCAGCUUCUUCUUGAUGAAACUAGUUCGUUUACUUGGGUUGUCUGUGUUGGGUGGUGCGUAGCUCUUGAAUUUCAGGAUUUCGUUAAAGUUCUUGUUUAGUUACUUAGUGAAGUCAAUCUGCCGCAGUCUCUGCUUAUUCUCACACUGUUGCCGAAUUUGGUCCUCCUGGCGGAUUGUUCGGUAAGCAGUCUUUAGGGUAGCUUCUCUCGCUGCUUGUAUCCAAGCGCGUGUGCUCCUGCGCAAUUUUUGAACAUAGAUGGAAAUUGCUCUUGGGGAAUUUUCCUCAGAGUUAUAUCUGCUUCUGCUUUUUCAUACUAUUCUCUGUAUUUUGAAAUUUGUCCUGGAGCCUUUGUACGACGAAUUUGACACUCUGGGUGUUCAACGAACCUCGCGGAAUUGGCAGCCCUUUUAUUCUUUGCCUUUCUUGCGCUACGGGGUACGCAGGAUAAUUAUGUCGUACUUUGUGCCGCCGUGCAAUUAUGGAAUGGUGGAAUACGAUUUGAGCCGAUCGGGCCAGUGUCACCAGCUCAACUUCCCGUUCCUUGAACGGCACAAUCUCAAGACAGUCAUCUACCUGUCCUUCGACGAACCAUCUCAACCAUUCUUAAGUUUUUUGGAGGACCAAGGGAUUGAUUUAAUCCGGCCCUGUCAAGAGCUUGCGGAGCUCCAGAGUCAAGCUAACUCCUCGAUGUCUGAGGCGGAAGUGCUGUCUGCAUUGCAGGUGAUUUUGUCGUCGCAAUACUAUCCUCUUCAUGUAAUGUGCAAUUUUGGUCACCAUCGAACAGGCACUGUGAUAGGGUGCUUGAGGAAGCUGCAAGGGUGGAAUUUGACGGCCAUCUUCGAGGAAUACCGGCGGUACGCUGGCAGCAAGGUCCGCUUCCUGAAUGAACAGUUCAUCGAGCUCUUCGAUACAGAUCUUGUUCGCAUCCCAGUGGAUCACCCAAAUUGGCUGUGACUCAGUAUUACAACCAUUUAACCGAGUGCAAGCUGACAUAUUGAGCUGCAUGAACUUCAUCUUGUGCACAUAGCUGGCGACUUGAAUAGCAGCACGUCCCUUUUACAGGUUCACUCUUCCACAUCACUGGAAAGCAAACUCAGAUGGAUUCUUCACAUGAAAGCUAUUUACAAUUCUCGAGUUAGUGUUUAUGUCUUACGUCCGUAAAUACGCAGCGCCUUUACAGGCUUACAACUUUUGACUACCCCAUCUUCUUUGUAUCUUCGCAUCUACUUUCAUUUGAGGCAGCGAAUUAUCUUCCGAAUUGAACCGCAGUGGAGGUUUUAGCUGAGUUUUGACAUCUGUGUCAACCACCCGUUGAAUUGAAAACUGCCGGACUCUUCUACCUGUC